AUGUUGAAUCUAAAUACCAACGACGCUUCCGACCCUUCGGUGAUCGGUAGCGUCGUGGAUAUUCCUCGCAAAUUCAACCUGCUUAGCGUGUUUGCAAUAGGCUAUUCCAUCUGCACGGCACCUAGCGCCUUGAUUCUAUCGCUGGGUGUGAUUAUCGGAAGUGGUGGACAAACGACGUUGAUAUGGGGCCAGGUUGCGAUCUACUUAGUCUCUCUUUGCAUGGCUUGUUGCCUCGCCGAGUUAUCUUCAGCAUACCCAAGCGCCGGAGGCCAGUAUUACUGGGCUGCAGUGUUGGCUCCCAAGUCAUGGAGCAAAGCAAGUGCAUUUGUCAUUGGCCAUUUGAGUUGGGCUUCUGCCGUGUGCGCCUGUGCAUCUAUGCUGGUCUCGCUGGCGGAAAUGGUUAGUGCUAUGUAUGGAAUUCGACAUGGCUACAUUGAGUUGCCCGCCUGGGUCAAUUUCGUCAUUUAUCAGGCUAUCAACCUCAUAAUGUUUGUUUUCAAUUGCCGGGAAGACAUAUUGCCGGCUCUGAGUCGAUUUUGGCUGGCAGUCUCUUUGGCAGCGAGCUUCAUCUGCUUCGUUUCGAUGCUUGCCCGAGCACCAGUCAAACAACCUGCAACAUUCAUCUUCAUCGACUUCACCAAUCUAACUGGCUGGCCUGAUAGCAUAUCGUUUCUUACGGGUCUUUUAGGCGUCAACUGGGGAUUUUCCUGUCUUGACGCUGUGACACAUAUGGCCGAGGAAAUCCCAAAUCCGCGGGAAAACAUCCCCAAAGCUUUGAUUGGUACCGUCAUUAUCAACGCCGUGCUAUCUUGGCCUAUGGCAAUUGCGGUGCUCUGUUGCAUACAAAACAUCAAGGAUGUUUCUAACUCAUCCAUCGGUCUUUCAUCUCUUUCCCUCUUUAUGCAGAUAUUCGAAGGGCGCACUGCAGGGCCUAUAAUGCUUCAGUGUAUGCUGUUUCUCGGAGGUUUGGGGGCUGUCUUCAGUAUCCAAACCUGGCAGUCCCGGCUUGCCUGGAGUAUCGCUCGCGAUAACGGACUCAUAUUUGCACAAUAUACCAAGAGAAUCGCACCGGCGCCAUACGAGACCCCUUUCUGGUCUCAUGUCUAUUCGAGCAUAUUCGUUGCAUUGCUGGGUUGUUUGUACCUGGGCUCCUCCCUAGCCUUCAACGCCUUCUCAGGAUGCCUGAUUCAAUUGCAAUAUAUUUGCUACUCGUUCUGCAUUGUUUGCCUUCUUGCGCGAGGGCGGGAUUCUAUUCCACAUGGACCAUUUUGGCUUGGGCGUUUCGGAUACGUCUGCAACAUUGUUGCGGUCCUGUGGACCUUAUUUGCCUUGAUUUUUUAUUCCUUCCCUCCCUACAAGGAUGUCACCCCCAGCACGAUGAACUACACAUCGAUAGUUUUGGUGGCAUUCCUGGCUUUGGCGGUCGCUUUUUAUCUUGUUUCCGGUCGGAAGAAGUUCAGACCUCCGACAGAGUCAAUGGGUCGAGAACUAAAUUUAGCGCCCGUCACUUAG